AUGGCGCCUUCAGUUCUGCAGAAUGGGGGGUUUAUUCUGGGUUUGGUUGGAGCAGCAGCCCUCAUCGCAGCGACCGCCAUGAACAACUGGAGCGUGAAGGACAGGCAGGGGGACGUGGUGACGUCCGUCUACACCUACAAGGGUCUGUGGAAGGACUGUGAGACGACGUCCGCUGGGUUAACUGAGUGCCGUCCGCUCUACGGCCUGCUGGGAUUCUCAGGAACCUUCCAGGCGGUGCGGGCCCUGAUGAUAGUGGGGGUGGUGCUGGGGGUCCUGGGGGCCGUGAUAUCAAUGUUCUCUCUCACCUGCCUCUCGAUGACCAGCAUGGCCGACACCACCAAGGCCAAGAUGAGCCUCACCGCCGGCAUCAUGUUCAUCAUCGGCGGUGUGUGUGGCAUCGCAGGAGCCUCCAUCUACGCCAAUCAGAUCGUGGCCAGCUUCAGGCUCUCCACCAACCACAACUACGGAGGCAACAUGGAAGGAGGGAUGGGUGGAGGGAUGGGGGGAGGGAUGGGGGGAGGAAUGGGAGGGAUUCCCAGAUACACAUUUGGCCCCGCGCUGUUUAUAGGCUGGAUCGGAGGGGGCGUCCUGGUUAUUGGGGGCAUCCUGAAGUCCGUGGCCUUCAAGGGAAUGGUGAAAGAUGAAAAACCACAUUACCCGGGGGUAGCUUACAAACCUCAGCCCCGCACCAAAAGCGAUCUGCCGGAUCACCAUUCAGAGGGAGCCAAGAAUUAUGUGUAACUUCUACCCUUCAAGCACCAACAUGUUAUGUUUGCUGUUAGCUGUUUACAUGCAGCAUUGUUGUGGGAUUUUAUUUUUCUAGAUGCCUUUUAUGUGCAUGAAAAUAUGUCUUGAUUAGAGUCAAUAUGUCUUGUGUUGUAACAGCAGUUCAAAAGCCAUCCCGCCAGUUCAAAUUAAAAUAAUAAAACCAUGAAAAAAAGGUAUUUUUUAGGUGCUGGAUACAAAACUCUAUAGCAACAAGAAGUCUGCACACUCUUUGAAAAGCUUCCAGCUAAUUUAAUUGUGAAGAUCUUUUGUAAGAUUUUCACAUCUUAAAAGUCAUUUUCACAAGAAUGUCUCCAUGGUUUCUAUAU